UGAGAGCAAGGAUCUUGUCAAUGUCAUAGAUAAUCCUAACAAGUAUAAAACUAUGCUCACUGAGUGGUUUGUCGCCAAUCAGCGAUACCGAGACGCCCAUGCUUUGACAUAUUUGGAGUUUCCAUCCAAGUGGGUUUGGGAUGCAAAAACGAAGAGAUGGGGAAGGAGAAGGCGUAAUACAAAGUUUGGUCCUCCAAUUGGUCGAAUCUACAAUGUCCACCCUAGCACAAAUGAGCUGUUUUACUUGCGGAUGCUACUAACAGUAGUACCAGGAGCCACAUGUUUUGAAGAUUUGAAACUUUACCGUGGAACAUUGUUUGGUUCAUUUAAGGAAGCUUGCAAGGCUCGUGGGUUAGUUGGUGAUGACACUGAAUGGUUUCUUUUAUUUGAUGAAGCAAUCCAGUGGGCAUCUUCUUUCCAACUGAGGCACUUGUUUAUGACAGUUCUGCUAUUUUGCGGCGUCACCAAUGGCCAGAGGCUUCUUGAUAAAUAUUGGCGGUAUAUGAGUGAUGAUCUAUAUGCUCGGAUUGCUCAAUCCAUGAGCGAUGGUCGUCUGGUGAUUCCUUCCCAGUACUUGCAUGCUCAAUUAUUGCAGGAGCUUUCUAUUAUGUUUGGCAGCAAUGGUUAUUCUUUGGCGUCUUUUAAUAUAUCUACAGAUUCUCUUCUUAGUGGAAGGCUACUUGAUAAUAGGUUGGUUAUAGAAGAGAUGCAGUAUGACAAGAAUAAUCUGAGGACCAUGGCUUCUUCUCUUUACCAGAAGUUAAAUCGAGAACAGCUAGGUAUAUAUGAUCAGGUGAUGUCUGCUGCAACUGGCUCAACUGGAAAAGUAUUUUUUGUUUCUGGCCACGGUGGUACCGGAAAAACUUUUCUGUGGACUGCUAUCAUUACAGCUUUACGGGCUGAUAAUCACAUUGUUUUGGCGGUGGCUUCGUCCGGUGUAGCUUCUCUGUUGCUCCCAGGAGGGAGGACAGCUCACUCCCGGUUCAGAAUACCGUUUGAAAUUGAUGAGCGUACAAUGUGCAAUAUGUCUCGUGGAACCAACUUGGCUGAGCUUGUGGAAAAGUCUACAUUGAUAUUGUGGGACGAGGCGCCAAUGACACGUAGGCGUUGCUUUGAAUCUCUGGAUAGAAGUAUGAGAGAUGUUCUUUCGGUGAAUAAUGGUUCUCGGAGUUUACUUCCUUUUGGUGGCAAAACUGUUGUUUUGGGAGGUGAUUUCAGACAGGUACUUCCUAUUGUUGAAGGAGGCAGUAGGUCUGAAGUUGUUGAUUCUUCACUCAUCAGAUCGCCUUUGUGGCGACAUGUUACUGUUCUUAGGUUACGGAGAAACAUGAGGCUGUCUAAUCCUACACUUUCAGUGAAUGAAAUUGCAGAUUUAGAUAUGUUUGCGCAGUGGGUUCUCAGUAUAGGCGAUGGAACAGUGCCUAUGGUUGUACGUGAGGGGGAAGCCAGCCCUUCGUGGAUCUCUUUGCCACCUGAUAUAACAUUGUUACCUGAUUCUGACUAUGUGUCUGCUAUCGUCGAUGCUAUAUAUGAUUCCUUCCUUGACAGAUACUCUGAUCCAUCUUAUUUGGUCCAGCGUGCAAUUGUGUGUCCUACCAAUAAGGUUGCUGAUUCUAUAAAUGAUAUGGUCUUCUCUAUGGUUCCUGGUGUCGAAACGGUAUUUGAAAGUUGUGAUACUAUCUGCAAAACGAUGGAUAAUAUGGCAGAUGCAGAUCUACUGUAUACUCCGGAAUUUCUUCACAAUGUGGAUCCCAGCAAUUUUCCACGCCACAGGAUCUCACUGAAAGUCGGUGUGCCAAUAAUGUUACUACGCAAUAUUAACCAAUCUAUUGGACUUUGCAACGGUACCCGUCUCGUGGUUAGCAGGCUAUACGAGUGGGUUCUUGAAGCCAAAAUCAUGACGGGAAGCAAUGUAGGCAAGUGUGUGUGCAUACCAAAAAUCGUGCUCAAUGCCCCAUCUACCAAGUGGCCAUUCACGUUGCAGCGCCGACAGUACCCAAUCCGUUUAUGUUAUGCAAUGACCAUUAAUAAGAGUCAGGGGCAAACGCUUGAGAAAGUUGGAGUCUAUUUGCCAAAGCCUGUUUUUUCGCAUGGACAGUUCUAUGUUGCUGUGUCAAGAGUGACAUCAAGGAGAGGACUGAAAAUACUUGCACUUGAUGAAAAUGGAGAGCCAACUACUGAAACGAGGAACAUAGUGUACCAGGAGGUGCUCGAUUAUCUCUGAGGACAUUGUUUGCCUGUGCAUGCUGAGGCAAAUCCUAGACGGUG